ACCUAAUUGUAAUUUCUAGGCAACAGUGCAUAAUAAACAGUUUAGUUUUACAGCAGUCUUAUAGAGAAGACAUUUUUAAAAUCCAUUUACUCAAAGCUAAUUUUUAAAAAGUUAACUCAUCUUUCAAAACUCAUCAGAAUAAUAUUAUACAAAAUGGCAAAGAAAGUAGGAGACUCGGCUGAACUUAACUACGACAUGAACUACAAUUUGUUUCUGUUGAAGACUUCUAUGCAGAAUUUGAAAACAGCACAGGAAAAACACAGCGUGAACCGUUGGGUGCACAAACUGUUGGCGAGCAAUAAGACGGUAGCAGAGAUGAAGCUCCGAAACGAUUUCAUGUUCCACUUGGUGACGGCCGUCCAGGAGGGCGAGAUCAAGGCACCAUUCAACCAGUAUCCACCUUCGUUACCCCUCAGCAGUCUAACGUACCUUCUGACGGGUAGCUCACCCAGUGCUAGUGGCAAGGACGGAAAAAAAGGCGCUGGUGCCUGGGAAUGUGAUCUAUCCAGCGAAGACACUGAAAAGCCCAUGUUGUACAGGCAAUCACCCGACGGCGGUGCAUUUUUGGCCGCACAACCUGUACCUAAGUGUGGAGCGUUCUGUUACUUAGCCGUGGUCAGUAAGCCACCGGCGAAGGACGAAAAGCCGAAGUUGUAAACGUGACACGAGGAACGUACCUACCAUGUAUGGUUCAUAUAUAUUUAUAUAUAUUGUACCUAAAAUAAAUUUAAUUUAUUAAAACAUUUGCUUCAGUACCUA